AUGGGUGAGCAGACGCGGACACAAACUGCAACCCAAUCUCAAGAUUCUAAACCUCCUUCUCCGUCUCGGCCCAUGAAAUCUGAGCCGAAUUUGGACUCAAAUUCGCAAUCUCCGCCGCAACCAACUCCCUCGGCUGACCCCGCCGCCACCUCCGCCGACGAGUUUUUGCAGAAUUCCAAAAACCAAUCCAACCCUUCGAAGAUUCCAAUUCGACCCCAGAAAAUACGGAAACUGUCGAGCACCAACACAGACACAAGCUCGGCCGCCGACAAAGAAUCACUUCCACCUCAAAUCACCUUCGAUGAUUCCUCCGCCUCUUCCAAAUCGAGCAUCUCCACCGUUACUGCAGAGCCUCCUGCAACCAAUAUAACAACCAAGAACCGGCGGCGGAAUGCAUCCCAAUUUUCGAGACCGCUGCCCCAGAUCAUCAAACCUCUGUCGGCCAAUGGGGAGAUUGAAUUGGCCAUUUGCCACCUCCGAUCUGCAGACCCCUUGCUUGUCUCGCUCAUUGAUACCCAUCCGCCCCCUCAAUUUGAGUUCCACCACCCCCCUUUCCUAGCGCUCACUAAGAGCAUUCUCUAUCAGCAGCUUGCCUACAAGGCCGGCGCUUCUAUAUAUACACGCUUCAUCUCGCUUUGUGGUGGUGAAGACUUUGUACGCCCUGACACUGUCCUUGCCCUCUCUGCGCAACAGCUCAAGCAAAUCGGGAUUUCUGGGCGCAAGGCUAGCUAUUUAUAUGAUCUCGCUAAUAAGUAUAAUUCCGGGAUUCUGUCAGAUGAAUCAGUGGUGAAAAUGGAUGACAGGUCACUGUUCACGAUGCUCUCAAUGGUGAAGGGGAUAGGUUCCUGGUCAGUCCACAUGUUCAUGAUAUUCUCACUGCACCGGCCGGAUGUGUUGCCUGUGAGUGAUUUAGGGGUUAGGAAAGGUGUGCAGUUGUUGUACAGUUUGGAGGAUUUGCCUAGGCCUUCACAGAUGGAGCAGUUGUGUGAGAAGUGGAAGCCGUACAGGUCAGUUGGGGCGUGGUACAUGUGGCGGUUUGUUGAGGGGAAGGGGACUCCAGCAGCUGGGACUACAAUGGCACUGGAGGGUAAUAUCAUGCAGCCACUGCAACAGAUUGAGCCACAGCAGGAUGAGCGGCAGCAUCAUCAGUUGCAGUUUCUGGAAUCAGUUAAUGGCAUUGGAAAUUUUGGGGCAUGCAUUUGGGGCCAAUGA